AUGUCUAUCGAACUCGAUCCCCCCGAGCUGGGCUUCAAGCGGCCUUUCAACCAGGAAGUAUGCCAGAUUCUUCACCUGCGCAAUCCCACCCAGGAGCCUAUGGUCUUCAAGGUCAAGACUACUGCCCCGAAGCACUACUGUGUCCGCCCCAACUCCGGCCGUAUCGAGCCCGGCAAGCAAGUUGAUGUCCAAGUCCUGCUGCAAGCUAUGAAGGAGGAGCCCGCUGCCGAUCAGAAGUGCAAGGACAAGUUCCUGGUCCAGUCUGUUGCGGUCACCGGUGGUGAUAUGGAAUAUUCGAACGUUACCUCCAUCUUCGAGAAGGCGUCCAAGUCUGCAGUUAUUGAGCGCAAGAUCCGCGUGACCUGGCUACCAGCUGAUUCUGCUGCGUCGCAACAGUCCCAGGCCAACGACUCGGUAUUGGAGGAUGAACCCCCUGCAUACACUUCCCCCGGUGGUAACUACGAGACCCCCGCCGUCGGUCUUGCGAAAAAGAGCCCUGUCGAGCAGCCAUCUCCAAUCCCCGCCCCCGACUUCUCCGAGAAGUCCAUCCAGCCCGAGUCCCCCCAGCCCACCGAGUCUAGCUCCUCCUUUGCCAACGCCAAAGCCGCCGUGACCAGCGCCUUCCCCUCCAGCGAUGAAUUGAAGAGCCAGCUCGCCGACGCCAACGCACAGAUCCAACGGCUCAAGGACCGACUCGCAGAUCAGGGUUUGCGCCAGCGGAAGACUGGCGGCGAGGCGCCGGCCGCCCCUGCAACGAUGCAGCAGUCACACGGACAGACCGAGUCUGGAGUCUCCGUUCAAGCCGUUGCUGGGCUGUGCCUAAUCAGCUUCUUGAUCGCCUACUUCUUCUUUUAG